CUGCAUCUGAAUACCAUCGUCUGAGCUCUCCCAGCACUCGCAGAUUUUUUUUCCCCUCCCAAAAACCAAGCAGCUCAGGUUCAGAACAACAUGGCUUCGACCAACUACAAGGAGGCGUUCUCGCUGUUCGACACCCGCGGCGUCGGCCGCGUCGUCCUCGACAAGCUUGGCGAUCUCCUCCGCGCGUGCGGGCAGAACCCGACCUUGGCCGAGAUCCGCGAGUUGGAGAAGACCGUUGGCGGUGAAUUCGACUUCGAGACCUUCCAGCGCAUCCUGAACCGGCCGGGGGGCUUCCGCGACCCGGGCGAGCCGGAGGAAUACUGCCGUGGCUUCCAGGUGUUCGACAAGGACAUGACGGGCUUCAUUGGCGUCGGCCAGCUCAAGUACAUCCUGACGAACCUGGGCGAGAAGAUGACGGAAGAAGAGGUGGACGAGCUGCUCAAGGCCGUGGACACCAGCUCCGGGCAGGUCAACUACACAGAGCUUGUCCGAACCAUCCUUUCCAACUAGCCUUUGGCGCUAAAAGGAACAUUGUGAAGGAUUCUGGGCGACUCUUCGGGAAAGAGGUCGGCCCUUCUGCGGGAUGGGGGAUGAGGGUCAUGUGGGCAUUGCAUUGUUGCGGCUGGCGUUGGAGUCUUGCUCGAUAUGGACUGUAUU